UUAGGGUUUUUUUUUUCUCAUUUAUUUUUAUUACCCAAAUUAUUAUUUUUGUAUUUCCUAAAAUGAUCAUCUAAGUUUGAUCAAUCUCUUCACUACUCUAUUCUGAGUUUCCUUAACAUCAGGAAACAACAAGAAAUACUCUUGGAAAUAAAGCCUAAUUAACACCGGGAGAUAUUAUUAAAAAAAGCUCCUGUAACACAUACAGAUCAAUCGUCACUACCCAAAAAUGGCAUCAUCAAGCUCCUACAAUCCUCCAUGUGCAGCUUGCAAAUUCUUACGCAGAAAAUGCAUAUCUGGAUGCAUAUUUGCACCCUAUUUUCCCCCUGAAGAACCCCAAAAAUUUGCAAAUGUUCAUAAAAUCUUUGGAGCCAGCAAUGUCUCCAAACUUCUGAACGAGCUCCUCCCGCACGAGCGGGAGGACGCCGUCAACUCCUUGGCUUACGAAGCGGAAGCAAGAGUCAGGGAUCCCGUGUAUGGCUGUGUUGGAGCCAUAUCAUACCUCCAACGCCAAAUCCAACGGCUACAAAAAGAGCUUGAUGCAGCCAAUGCUGAUUUAGUCAGACUUGCUUGUAAUGAUACAUCCGCAAUGCAGGGGAUUACACCACCUCCGCCUCCACCUCCACGACCACCGUUUGAUCAGCUUGGUGGGUUUUAUCAGCCGUCUGAUGAUCAUCCUAGUUUUACUUAUCCUCUUCUUCCUUGGAGUGAUAUGAAUGUUGAACAAAGAGGUGUUGAUCAUAAUGAUCAAGGUAACAUGUGAUAUUUUUUUGAUUCUGAUAGAGUAUAAAAUAUAACAUAUUUUGAGUUUCAACCAUCAGCUCAGUUACUUCAUGAUAAUUGAUGAUAAGUUUUGAUGUUAAUUAUGCAUAGAGAAGUAUUACUGUUGAUGUUAAAGUAAUCAGAUCGUGAAUUAAAAGUUUAGGUUGAUAGUUGAAUAUAAAGUAGGUAGCUAAGCUUUUCAUUGAUGGUAUGAAGUAGAAGUAUGAAGGUAAGAACUUACAAACUUAUCAUGAUAUACAAGUAUGUUUGUAUGGUUUAUUUUUAGCUAGCUAGCUAGCUAGGGUAUUACCCUUUUAUUU